GACUGAAGCAAUCGAGCCGAGGACCAAGAUGCCGAAGGCCGAAGAGGCGUUGCGCUUGUGCUACUACAUGCGCUCGCAAGGCUUCGACAGCUACGCUGUCAUCAGGGACGGCGUGAUAAGCCUCUUCCUAGUCGAUGCACGCUUGCACGCGAAUGAUGAGAAUUCUGAGCACCUAUACUGGAUGCAGCACGUCAAGACGAACCUUAUCACGUAUAUGGCUCCUUCUAGCAGCGGCGGGGGUGGUGGUGGUGUUAUGCGGGCUGGAGUUGCGAGGAGGAAUGCGCUGGCGGCCAACGAUCGUAGACUGAUACCUACUGCUACUGGAGAACUCAGGUACUAUUCGGGGCUCGAGGCCCCCCUAGGUCACAUGCGCGGUGGAGCAGGCGGUCCAGCAGAUGGUCAAGAGAAUGGUAUGCAUGCCGGUGCAGAGGGUCGGGGUGCAACCGCAAGUGCUGCUGGAGGAGCACGGCAGCCAGAGACAGUCGACGUGAUUGCUCAACUGCGGGCUCGAAUCAGUGCCCUUGAUCGCCUACUCGAAAAUCCCGUCCAAGAUCCUGAUGCCGUCGCUGCCGUCUUGUUGGAAAUUGGAGAGCUUGAGGGACAAAUGGGCCGGGCUUAGGGGCGCCGAGAUGUCUAUUCCGCGCCACUGGCAAGUGGUCGCUGGGCUGCAUGGGCGACACGUUAUCUCAGAGCAAGGGAAGUAUGGAUGGGCACCUAUGUGGGAUGUGGGACGAGGCGGGUAGCGAGACGGACGAGUUCUUGAUAGAGUGCAUCUUGCUUCUGUACACUCAAGUGACAAGGUUCUGGAUAGAGUAGACUGAUAGCCCAAGAGUUAUUGAUGAACCAC